GAUAGAUUUCAGCUUCGAUGGUGGGCAGAACGGCCAAACUUUUUAUCAUCUAAGGUUCUUAUCAUCACCUGCCCAGCCUUCAGAAGAAGAAACCUGAUCAAGAGAUGAGAGGCUUUGAGAGGAGAGGGGUGAGGCAAUACAACAGAUCGGAAGCCCCUCGCAUGCGAUGGACCGAGGAGCUCCACCGCCAUUUCAUCGAAGCUAUCGACUGUCUUGGGGGACAGAAAAAGGCAACACCAAAGCGUAUUUUACAGUUGAUGGGAGUGAAAGGACUGAGCAUAUCUCACGUUAAAAGUCAUCUGCAGAUGUACAGAAGCAUGAGCAAUCCUGCCAACCUCCACGACUUUCCAUCCACGACCAACCUGAACAAGCAAAAGAGGGUGCAGCAAUGCCAUGUCGAUGCCUAUAAUUCAAGUAAUUGUGAAACUCCACAUCUAAACUGCAGCCUCAGUCGCAUACAGUCACUUCAAAGACGAUCAUUUGAAGAACUGAUGAGAGAUUGGGCAAUGAAGAACAUAGCUUAUGAUUCAGAAACUGACUUCAGACAAACAAGGGAUGCAGUGAGCCAGCACAACCAGUUGGUUCAGCCGGGCUAUCCUCUUGAAAGAUGUUCCAGGUUCGAGGGCCAAUGGCGGCGAUCAGAUCAUGUUUCUCAAAUAGAAAUGCCUGAGAGAACAAUAGACUGCGAGCUGACUCUUUCAUCCUUAAACUAUCGGAUGCAGAAGGGUGGGGAAGAAACAAGUGAGCUGGGAUCAAGCAUCGAGUUCGAUACCAGCGAAGAGGUCCCCAUUUCAAGAAACACAAGCCAUGAUGAUCCAACUGGGUGCAGAACUCCAGUUGAGAAGAGCCACUUGAACUUAGAACUGACAAUCUCAUUUCACAACACAUAAUUGUUCUGCAAGGAAAGAUUGUAGCAGACAGAUAACUUGAAGGCCUACAGUAUCUAGUUGGAUAGAGUGACCUUGUGGCGAAGCAGAUGAGAGUUCCUGGCAUGUGAGCUAAUAUCAAAGAGGUGUGAACCAAUUUUGUAGUAGAGACCAGGAUAUAUCUGAAUGGUACAGCUCUUUUCCACAGAAAAUAGGGAAUUUAUAGGGAAUUGAGAGAGAGAGAAACAGAGGGAGGAUGUUGUAGGCCACUUUGUUAGACAUGGCAGAACAGAAUUUACAUGUUGAGGUGCAUUUAGCCACUUUGUAUAGGCAUGGCAGAACGGUUUUAUAUAUACUGAAAUGCAUGUAUUCAUGUAUGUUUCGUUAUGUACAUUAUGCCACCAAUAUAUUCUAACUGAUAUUUUGUUCUGACAAAAA